AUGUCACUGCUGUCUCUUCAAUCUUUAUAUUAUUUCUUUGCUGCCGCUCUUUUGUUUUUUUCAUUAAUUGUUUGUUCAGUUCAGUUCAAUUGCAACAGCACAAAGCCUCUUUAUAAUGGCUUAUCAAAUUUGCUGGACUUGCUUUCAUAUUUUCAUCUACUAUCCUCCAUUCCUCCUACAGAUCCUGGCCUUGAGAUCAGAAACAUGUGUGAAACCAUCGGUGGCAGCCAUGACUUAUACGAAGGUAAAAGAAGAAGAAUAGAGUGUUUGGAUACACUUAUAGUAUAUCAAGGAUCCGAAUGAGAUUCUCCCAAACAGUUAUGAUCCGCGUCCCGUAUACAAUUAAACUAGGGAGGUACCCGCCCUUAAAGCGCGGUAUUAAGAUUUUAAUAAUAAUUGUUUUGUUACUUUAUGAUAUGUUAUUUUUCUAA